AUGAAAUUAAAAUUUGGGAUAGGAAAUGAGAAAUGCAGGAGAAAAGCCUUCACAAUCGCAAGGAAAUUGUUCAAAAGAAGGACUUGCAAGAUAACCACGAGUAUCUUGGUGAGUUUACUUGAGUUUUCGCCGCGAAAUAGGGAUUAAUUUACAUUGUAGCAAGCAAAAGUUCGAUUUUUUUAAUUUUUUAAAAAUUUUUUGCCGUUUUGUUGAUUUUUCUUCAAGUCAAACUUCUUAAUUUGCGUUUCUUUUCAGACUGCGGUCCUUCUGAUCGUUUCCACGGCGUUCUUUUUAAUUUUUCGUAGGCAUGAAUACUACAGUCACCACAUUGUUCGACUUGAACGGGAAGACAAAAUCUUCGAAUAUCGAAAGAGCCAAGAGCCCACAUUGUACGCACUCUGCAGCUAUAUGGGCUUUACCGAGCUGAACAUGGACAGCUGCAACCAUCAUUGCGACAUGAAGGCGGAUAUGUGGCGAAAAAGGCAGCUGAUGGACUUCGAAGGGAAUGAAAAGUUGGCCUUCAUGGAAGAUUGCCCACCAAUUUUGGAUAUUGUGGGUUUUUGGGAAGUUUAAGAUGAUCCGCCGUUAUUCUCCCGACAGACUGAUAAUUGCUUUUUCUCGAAAAGGAAGAAGAAAGAUAAGAAAAUGCUUUUUAUCGGAUAGUGACAUUUCGUUUUGAACGAAUCACCAAAAAGGGGCGGGAAAUUUUUUUUUGUAUUUUGGAUUGACGUGAAGCACCAUUUUGCACAGUGCAUUUUGGAUUUUUUGCCUUACGUCGCCGCGAUUCGAAUUCCAUCGAUUGCGACCCCGCACGGAUUGCGACCUCGCAUCGAUUGCGACCCCGCAUCGAUUGCGACCCAAAAUGGGGUAAAGCGACCCCGGGAUGAAAAUUCUUUGAUUCUUUUCGGGAAAAACUUGCUUUAGGGGUUUCCGAGGGUGCUGAUUUCGAAAAUGAUGUUCAUUUUUCCUCUAGUAUUACAUAGUACUGUCUGAUACUAUAUAGUACGAAGUAAAAAUAAGUGUACUAAGCACCAGAACAACACCACUAACGCCUAAAGGCCAACUUUACACCUCGUACUACAUAGUAUCAGAUAGUACUAUAUAGCACCAAGUCUUUAAAACGUGUUUUUGAAGAGUACUAAGCAUCAAACCAACACCAUUAACGUCAAAAGCCAUAUUUUGACUUCGUACUAUAUAGUAUCAGACAGUACUAUAUAGCACCAAGUCUUUAAAACGUGUUUUUGAAGAGUACUAGGCAUCAAACCAACACCAUUAACGUCAAAAGCCAUAUUUUGACUUCGUACUAUAUCAGUACUAUGUAGUACUAGAGGAAAAAUGAACAUCAUUUUCGAAAUCAGCACCCUCGAAAACCCCUAAAUCGAGUAUUUAACGUCAAAAGCGAUAUUUUCACUUCGUACUAUAUAGUAUCAGACAGUACUAUGUAAUACUAGAGGAAAAAUGAACAUCAUUUUCGAAAUCAGCACCCUCGAAAACCCCUAAAGCAAGUUUUUCCCGAAAAGAAUCAAAGAAUUUUCAUCCCGGGGUCGCUUUACCCCAUUUUGGGUCGCAAUCGAUGCGGGGUCGCAAUCGAUGCGAGGUCGCAAUCGAGCGGGGUCGCAAUCGAAGGAUUCCCCGCGAUUCCCAUUUUUUUGCAGCGACAAAUCAUUUUUUAGAACUGGGAUGUUUGGUUAAAAGUACGAUUGGGAAAAGUGUUAUUUUUUUCGAUGCAAGUGUCGAAAUUAAGAUAAUCGAGGGUGCUGAUUUCGAAAAUGACAUUCAUUUUUUUGAUCUUUACUUUUUUCCUUUAGUAGUACAGUAAAGUAGUAAUUUUUUGAAUUUUUGUCACAAAUACUUGAUUUCGGGGUGCUGCUUUAAAAUCAGAAAAAAUGAAUAAGAUUUUUGAAAUAUUGAAAUCAGCAAGGUCGAAAACCCCCAAAUCGAGUAUUUGUGAAAAAAUUCAAAAAAUUACUACUUUACAGUACAGGGUGGGCCACUAAAACCUUCCGUCCUCUUUUUUUAGAUUUCUCCGCGGAGACUCCGCCGAUUUUCAUGAAAUUUAGGUUUUUCUGGAGCUGAGAUUCGCCAUUUUCAACCGAUUGAAUUUCAGGAAAAAACAUUCUGAAUUUACUUUACUAUGCCUUCCCGAAGUUUUUGAAAAUUAUUUUCGAGCCGAAACCGCUAAAACUUUGAAAAUUUUUGGAAUGAUUUUCAAUUUCCUUUCUCGGACUUGGAAAAUUUCUGGCUUUUUUUGGUAAAAUUGUGGAGUAAAAAGUUCCGUACGCUUUCUCUAGACUUUGUUUAAAGCAAGUUAAAAGCAAAAAAAGUGUUGUCUGUAUUACCGUUAGGGUAUGAAUGUAGAAGAAAAAAUUUUUUUUUCAACAAGAGUGAAAAAGUCCACAUUAAGGCUACAAGCCAUGGCUUGGCGCAUUGAGGCUUGGAGCCAGGCUCGAUUGAAGUUAAACCAUGCUCACGGGCAAUUGCGAGCUGUUCUUAACUUUCAAAGCCCCUACAAGUUCGUGCUGCAAAAGGAGGUGGACACGUCGAAAUCAGAUAGAAAUAUUAAUAAUCAAAUUGUUAAAAAGAUUAGUUUUUACAACAGUAUUUUGCAAAUAUAUGAGGCAAACCAAGUAAGAUUUCACCCAAAACCCCGAAAAAAUGACCGAGUUUUCAAAAUCAUUCCAAAAAUUUCCUAAGUUUUAGCGGUUUCGGCUCGAAAAUAAUUUUCAAAAACUUUGGAAAGGCAUACAAAGGUCAAUUCAGGAUAUUUUUUUUUUCAAAUUCAACCUGUUGAAAAUGGCGCAUCUCAGCUCCAGAAAACCCUAAAUUUCAUGAAAAUCGGCGGAGUCUCCGCGGAGAAAUCUAAAAAAAGAGGACGGAAGGUUUUAGUGGCCCACCCUGUACUACUCACGGAACGAAGUGACUAUCAAAAAAAAAUGAAUGUCAUUUUUGAAAUCAGCGCCCUCGAUUAUCCUAAUUUCGACACUUGUAUCGAAGAAAAAUAAUACUUUUCGGUUUCCCCAAUCGUCUUUUUUCCCAAUCGUUUUUUUCCCAAUCGUCUUUUUUCCGAAUCGUCCAACUCUGUAUUUUUUUCAGAGUGUGACGGAAUUCAUCUUGACUAAAAUUAACACGAAUUUUUUUAAGUAUUUGUUUUACUUUUACGUUUUCAGCAAAAUUGCGACGACACCUCGAUUUAUUGUAACAACGAGAAGAAGGUUUCCAUAGGAUGUCCGGGAACUUUUGGUCAGAAAACGUUGGAUGUUUCGAGUGACAAAACUCGCCAACAUUAUGUAAGAUUAUUUGAAAGUUUGGUUUUUUUUUUGAAUUUUAAGAAUUUAGAUUUUAGUUUUGAAAAUUUUGUUGUAAAUGUCUUCUAAAAAGUGAUAGAGAUCUGAAAUUUGGCAUAAGAUUUUUUCCAGGUCCCAAUGGCAAAUCCCAAAAUUUUGUUUGCUCAAGGUCGGAAGUAUGUUCGAGCAGCCGAACUCGUCGUCAGAUGUCCAACUUGCGAGCGAAAUGACGAGAAAUAUAUCAGAAAUGGGGACAGCUCCAAGGUGUUCAAGAUGAUCAGUUUUGUUCGAGAAGGAUUCCCCGCACACCGAAGUUGUUCUCCAUUUGAAAGAGACAAUCGUACGGGAGCAGGCGGAAUUGUGUUUGAUGAUGAAAAGAUUGCGAGUAUUGCAGAGUACGAGAGGAAAAUGGGAUGCCUGUAUGGGCUGGAAUGCCGAGAUCUUUUGCCCGAUCUAUUCAACGACUUCGGUGAGAUCUUAGAAAGUUUGUGGGAAUAA